AUGCCGCAGAUUUGGGGGUCCCGGAUAGCGGCGACAACGGCGGAGAAAUUAUUGGAGGAUAUUGGUCUCAACGUGGAGAGUCCGGUGUGUAUAAAGAGCUCCUCUACUCCUGAUCAGCUUAAUGACUUGUUGAAUUUAUUGAUCAAACGAGCGCGAGUCAUAAACUUGAAUGAGGUAGAACUUUAUUUUAGUGGAGAUGUUGUUAAUCUGGAACACUGUGUUAGCCCAAGGAAUGAACUGGAAGCUCUCCAUUCUGUUCAUGAAGCCAUUAAUAACGCAGUAUCCAGUGAAAGCUGCACGAUCAAAAAUAUUAAGCGCAAGUUACAAGAGGAAACUGUAAAUAGGAUCCAUGAAGUUGGAAACAAAUUUAGGGAAGAGACAAGAGUAGUUGGGGAUUCCAGUGUUGAGAAAGAAAAUAAACUAUUAGAGUGGGCUAUCAAGAAUGGCAUGAAGACACAGCUGCAUAUAGCUUGUGUUGAAGGAGCAGGACGAGGGCCCAUUGCCAAAGAGGACCUAAAAGCAGGGCAUGUCGCUCUUGAGGUCCCUUUAUCUGUCAUUAUAUCCAGCGAGUUUUUACAUGAGUCUGACAUGCUUCCUAUUUUUCAAAAAGUUGACGGGAUUUCUGAGGAGACAAUGCUGCUCUUGUGGAGCAUGAAGGAAAAGCACAACAAUGAAUCCAAAUUCAGAUUGUACUUUGAUACUCUACCUGAAAAUUUUAACACAGGGUUGAGCUUUGGAAUCGAUGCUGUCAUGGCUUUAGAUGGAACGUUGCUGUUGGAUGAGAUCGUACAAGCCAAAGAGACUUGCCCACACAUAAUGCACUAUGGCAGGAUAGAUGCAAGUACAAAUUCCUUGAAAUUCUCUUUAUCAAGGACAUGCUUUUCAGGGGAACAAUGUUUUCUUAGUUAUGGAAACUUCUCCAGUUCUCAUCUACUCACUUUCUACGGCUUCUUACCACGAGGCGACAACCCCUACGACAUUAUUCCACUUGAUAUUGAUGCUGCCGAGGACGAAGAUUCUGAGGAUGGACCUCCUGCAUCAAAAUGGAGCUCUCACAUGGUUCGCGGGACUUGGCUCUCCAAGAACCACAAAAUCUUUCAUUAUGGAUUGCCGAGUCCUCUGCUAGAUCAUCUACGCAGAGCUAGAAACCCAACGUGCCAACCAAAUACCUCUACGCGUGAACUCUUGGAAGCCGACCUUGACGUGCUCGGUGGCCUGAGCUCCACGUUUGAAGGAAUGAUGGAAGCUCUCAGUCAUGAAAAUCAAGAAGACAGGGAGAGUGCAGGUUGGGACGUUAAGCUUGCAACGGAGUUCAAAAGCUUGCAGAGGAAAAUUAUUUCUUCGAUCUUGGCCUCGUGCGAUUCGGGCUGUAAGAUGUUAGAAUCUGAGCUGUGCAAGCAGAGAGUGUAGCAGCAGGUGCCAUGUAGUUAGGGAUGUCAAUCGGGCCAACCCACUGGGUUUCGGGCCAACCCUAUUCGGGUUGCGGGUCGAUCGGGUGCGGGCUAAGAGCAUCUCCAAUGGCGGACGUCCGGUCGGACGUCCGCG